CUAACCCACUCUGAUUUGCAGCUGUCCCUGGUUUCUAAAGUGAAAAAACCUGCAAAACUGCCAUCUAAGUGAACGAUUCCAUUCUUCAUCAAUCAAAGUGCUCACUCUUACGUUAGACAGAUCUCACUCUAUCUUUUCUCUUCUCCUCAUCUACGUUUAGAUUCGGAAUUAAUUAAAAAAGCUUCGGAAGAAAAAAAAGAUGAAUUCACAGUCAAUGCUGUAUAGCCAGCUCAAGGCUGCAGAACCAUUCUUCCUGUUAGCAGGUCCUAAUGUGAUUGAAUCAGAGGAACACAUUAUGAAGAUGGCUAAGCACAUAAAAACUGUUACAUCUAAAGUUGGCAUCCCAUUGGUUUUCAAAUCAAGUUUUGACAAGGCUAAUAGAACAUCAUCAAAAUCUUUUCGUGGCCCAGGGAUGGUUGAGGGGUUGAAGAUACUUGAGAAGGUUAAAGUAGCAUAUGACCUCCCUAUAGUGACAGAUGUGCAUGAGUCCGUCCAGUGUGAAGUAGUCGGCAGAGUUGCAGAUAUCAUUCAAAUUCCAGCAUUCUUAUGCCGUCAAACAGAUCUUCUAGUUGCUGCAGCCAAAACUGGGAAAAUUGUCCACAUCAAGAAGGGCCAGUUUUGUGCUCCUUCCGUCAUGGCAAAUUCAGCAGAGAAGGUUCGGUUGGCUGGAAAUCCUAAUGUUAUGGUUUGUGAGAGAGGAACUAUGUUUGGAUACAAUGAUUUGAUUGUCGAUCCACGUAAUCUGGAGUGGAUGAGAGAAGUCAAUUGCCCUAUUGUAGCUGAUAUAACACACUCACUGCAACAGCCCGCUGGAAAGAAGUUGGAUGGCGGAGGUGUUGCAAGUGGAGGUCUUCGAGAACUAAUACCUUGCAUUGCAAGAACUGCAGUUGCUGUAGGAGUGGAAGGGAUUUUCAUGGAGAUACAUGAUGAUCCACUGACUGCUCCUGUUGAUGGUCCAACACAGUGGCCUUUACGCCACUUGGAGGAGUUACUUGAAGAGCUUGUAGCUAUUGCUAGGGUAAGCAAAGGGAAGAAAAAAUUCAACAUUGAUCUCACACCAUUUCGUGAAUAGUAAAAAUGGUGAUGAUUUUCUGUUAUUAAGAAUAUAAUUCUCUGAGGAUUGGCCUUUAUAAGAUCAGAUUGUUUUAAAGUUGAAUGUUUCGAUUAUCUUUGCACCCCAUCAUAAGUUCAAGCCCUUAUAAAGGAGAGCUUAUCUUGAAAGAGAGAUUAUUUGAAGUAGUAACAUAUCCAAUUAUCAUUUGUCACAGAUUCUAUGUAGCCUUCCAAAUCAUUGCUGUUUCUAGAAGAAAUGUGGAUCUAGAAAGUUAAGUAUUUUUUGUAACACCUUAACUUUUAGCAUCUCAUGAUCGUAUUAAAAGCUUAGGCGUUAUUAAUCUACUUUCCUUUUAUUAG